AAAAAGAGAAGGGUGUUAAUGAUGGAAGGGAGUUUCUGAAAAAUACUGAAGAUACAGGCCCCUUCCACACUGCCUCUAUAUCCCAGAUUCUGAUCUCAGAUUAUCUGGCAUUGUAGACUCAUAUAAUACAGUUUAAAGCAGAUAAUUUGGGAUCAGAUCCUGGGAUAUAUGGCAGUGUAGAAGGGGCCUCAAUUGCAAACCGUGCCAGGAAAAACAAAUCUAAUCCAAAGAAACCAGAAUGGUUGAUUGUCCAAGGAACUUUCAGCUGAGCUAAGAUUUAAAGGAGACAUCUACAAGAAAUGGAAACGGGGGAAAAUCACCAAAGAGGAAUUCAAACAGAUAACCAACGCAUGUAGAGAAAAGGUCUGAAAGGCUAAAGCACAAAAUGAGCUCAAGCUUAUCAGAGAGAUUAAAACCCACUCACCUCAAGUAUUACAAUGUAUAUACAUUCUAUUUCAUGUCUUACUAUAUCUAGCUUCCCCUGUUUAACACUUGUCAUAUUCCAUGUUCCUAUCACUUGUAUGUUAUGCAGCUUUGGGCAUUCUUUUCACCUCUGAGUGCAUCAACAGUUGAGCAUCUCGCUUUCACAGUCUUUGAUUCUUGUGUGUUUAAUAAAAUAUUUGUUCAGUAUAAUAGAUUUGUGUGGCUGUGACUUCAGUGUGUUUUUAAAAAGAUACUCUAAACGUCAUGGUCUUUUACAGGUGUACCUACUUGGAACAUGUAUGAGUUUAUGAAAGUGCUCUGAGAGCAGACCCUAGUAACAUAAUUGCAGCAUGGACUUCAGAAUAUAUAACUAACACAAAGGUGGCAGUAUUGGGAAACCACUGACAGGUGUGCGAAUCCUUGAUCUAACAAGAGUACUUGCUGGACCAUUUGCUACCAUGAAUCUAGGAGACCUUGGAGCUGAAGUGAUUAAAGUGGAAAAACCAGGAACUGGGGAUGAUACAAGAUCAUGGGGACCGCCUUUUGUUGGAAAUGAAAGUGUUUAUUUUCUCAGUGUAAACAGAAAUAAAAAGAGCAUUGCCAUUGAUUUGAAGAAUCCAAAGGGAGCAAAGAUCAUUAAAGAGCUUGCAGCUGUCUCUGAUGUCUUUGUGGAAAACUACAUCCCUGGGAAACUUGCUGCGAUGGGCCUGGGUUAUGAGAACAUUAAUAAUGUCGCUCCACAGAUUGUUUACUGUUCAAUAACAGGCUAUGGACAAACUGGUCCGAAGUGUCAACGAGCAGGAUAUGACUCUGUUGCAGCUGCUGUCUCUGGCCUUUUGCACAUCACAGGAACUGAGGGAGGCGAGCCAGUUAGGCCAGGAGUAGCCAUGACUGAUCUUGCCACAGGACUUUAUGCAUAUGGAGCGAUUAUGGCUGCACUUCUUCAACGACAUACAACAGGGAAGGGAAUGCAUAUAGACUGCAAUUUGCUGUCAUCUCAAGUUGCCUGCCUUACCUAUAUAGCAAGCAAUUUCUUAAACUGCAAAACAGAAACCAAACGAUGGGGCACUGGGCAUGCAAGCAUUGUUCCUUACCAGGGUUUCAAAACAAAAGAUGGCUACAUUGUGGUGGGAGCUGGAAAUGAUAACCAAUUUGCCACUGUUUGCAAGAUUCUGAAUUUGACGGAAAUCAGCCAUGAUCCCAAAUACAAAAAUAAUCAGCAGCGAGUGCUAAAUAGGAAAGAACUUAUUGGCAUCUUAUCAGCCAGAUUCUUGGAGGAAGAGACCACCAAGUGGCUAGAACUCUUUGAAGGCAGUGGUGUUCCAUAUGGCCCAAUCAACAGCAUGAAGCAGGUGUUUGCGGAUUCCCAGGUUCUUCACAAUGAACUUGUUAUGGAGAUGAAUCAUCCAACCGUAGGGAAGAUUGCUGUUCCAGGACCAGCCGUAAGGUACAGCCAGUUUCAAGUGUCUGAGCCAAAGCCUCCUCCUCUUAUUGGUCAACACACAUUGGAGAUACUGAAGGACACACUGGGGUACAAAGAUGAUGACCUACAGGAGCUGCUUAACUCAGGAGUGGUCGCUCAGCAUGAACACAUAUAAAUGCAUUUGGCUUCCUUCUGCAAUGAGAAGGAACCUUUUUGCAGCCUACUAAUAUAUGAUCUCUUCACCUUUCACAUCCUAAUAAUGGAAUUAUGAUGGUAUUUUUCAUAAUACUUUUUGGUACGAUUUAUAAUACACCAAACAUCAACAUACCAACCUGCAGGGGUUUCAGUAAUAUGCUUUCAUUACUUGAAAAUAUAACUACAUGUCUUUAUAAACUGGCUAACAGUAAUAAUGCUAGGGAAUAUGGUUUUUACCAUGGUUGUAAUAAUACAAAAUGUUACCUGUCCAAAAAAUGUAGGAAAAUUGUCAUGGAAUGGUAGCAUUUGCUACAUUUGAUAGCACAUAUCUUUUCAAAACAUUUUAGCUAAAAAUCAUAGAGUUGAAAACAUAAGGAGCCUUAUGAUUCUUUUUAAACCAGGAGCUCAAACACACUUUGGUGACAUUUUUUACGAUCUCCAUGGCAAGAGAUCCUGAUAAGAUUAAUUUAGCUAAGAUCAGAUUUGUUUGUGGAGGUGUUUGCUUUUCACGACAAUAGAAGACAGUGCUUUGCUUUGCUGUAGCAGUAAAGCUCAUCUGUUGCUUUUCUCUUUCUACACAAAGAGCACACUUUAGCCCAGUGAAGUGCUGAAGUGUGAAUGAAUGUUACUCAUUUCCAAAAGGCUCUUCAGUUCUACUGAUUUAUUUUAUUAAUGUGCACAUUUUCAAUUACAGACAGUGUUAGGUUUUCAAGUGGUAUCACCUUUCAAGAAGCACAGUUCUUCUCCUCCAAUCUCCCUGAUUUGGGUUAUAAAAUAGUUUUGGAUCUCUUAAUUAAAAAAUGAUACUUAUGAGCUGACUUCAUUUAUGGGUGAAAUCCUGAUGAGUUACCACAGUGGAAAAAAAAUGCUAUGGAAUAUUUUCUCAGCCACCCUUCUUGGCAAAGGAAUAUCACAAAAAGGAGUGGAAGAUGAGAAGAUUCCAGAGCUCUGUGAGAACAAAGGUUUACUUAUUCAUUAAUACAUUCUUUCGUAGAGACAAUAAGAAUCCUCUUCUCCCUCUUGAUUAGGAAUCUGUUGUUUUCAUUGAUGUAAUUUGGGGUCAAUUUGGAUCUAGUUCAAAUUAAAUAAUUUAAGUAGGACCAUCCAGAACAGAGGUCCUCAAAUGCUUUAAUCAGAGGGCCGGUGUGGGAGUGGAGUAUAAUUUGAAAAAAAAAUGAACAAAUUCCUAUGCAUACUAUGCACACUGCAUAUAUCUUAUUUGUAGUGUAAAAAAUUAUGAAAAACAUAUUUAAGCUGAAGAACAAUUUUAACCAACAUAAACUUACCAGUAUUUCCAUUGAAAGGGUGGGCCUGCUUUUGGCUGAUGGGAUAGUCAAGUUAAUUAAAAUUGUUGUUGUUGUUGUUGUGUGCCUUCAAGUUGUUUCAGACUUCGGGCAACCCUAAGGACUUCAUCACAUUGCACCCCAAAGAGCAGGUAAUAGCAGGGGGAUUUAUCAGGCAGCAUGGCAAAUCCAGCAGACAGCAGGGAAAAUAGUUGCCUCGCGCCCCACAUCACCCACAUCACCCCUUUACUCAUCCCACCGGGGGAAGAGUAGCUGCCCGGCUCUCCCCCCUGCACUCAUCCCAUUCUUUUUAAUGAGAACACAGGAAGCCUCCUAGGGCUCUGUCAGGACACUGAAAGCACAGAGCUCCACCAGAAGUAACCCUACGUUGUCUGACGGGAUCUGUCAAGCUCUGUCCUCCCAGUGUCCUGGAAGUGUUCUAGGAUGCUGAAAUUUUCUAAUGUGCUGAAGUACUAAGUUUAGGGAGGGCAGAUAAAUGUCCUUCAAGGGCUUGGUUUGGGAAUCCAUGAUCCAGAGCUUAAGUCUUUUUACAAUGCAAUUAUAUAACUAAGUGCAAAAGGAGAGCAACCAACAGAUGCUUUCAAGAAGGUUCAAUAGCAUCUUCCCUUGCUGCCAGCAUGCCUGGGAAAUCAAAUUCCAAGUGCUUCACCAACUAUAUUGGUUUAAAUGAUGAUUGUGUUUCGUGUAUGUUGAUGUCAGGCUUGUCCCUAUGUGAGCCUCCCUGAGUCCCCUUGAGGAGAUGGGAGUGGGAUAUAAAAAUAAAGUUAUUAUUAUUAUUGACACAAAGACAUAGUAUGACACAGCAAGCAAGAUACAUAUGCUGGAUUUCAUAUCACACAAUCACAAGUUGAACACUUUCCAAGUGUCUAGGACUGUGUGAUGUAUUUUCGGAUGAUGCGUGCAGAUCCCAGUAGGGUGGCCUUUUGCAGUUGGCAGAUCGUGAUUUUGUCAAUGUCUAUUGUUUCCAAAUGCCGGCUGAGAUCUUUUGGCAUGGCACCCAAAGUGCCGAUCACCACCAGGACCACCUGCACUGGUUUCUGCCAAAGUCUUUGAAGUUCAAUCUUGAGGUCCUGAUAGUGGCUGAGUUUUUCCUGUUGUUUUUCAUCAAUGCGAUUGUCACCUGGGAUGGCGACAUCAAUGAUCCAAACCUUUUUCUUUUCCACAACUGUGAUGUCUGGUGUGUUGUGUUUCAGAACUUUUGUCAGUCUGGAUUCGGAAGUCCCACAGUAUCUUUGCGUGCUCAUUUUCCAAUACGUUUGCAGGUUUGUGAUCCCACCAGUUCUUUACUGUUGGGAGGUGGUACUUGAGGCAUAAGUUCCAAUGGAUCAUUUGGGCCACAUAGUUGUGCCUAUGUUUGUAGUCUGUCUGUGUGAUUUUCUUACAGCAGCUGAGGAUAUGAUCAAUGGUUUCGUCGGUUUCCUUGCACAGUCUACAUUUUGGGUCAUCAGCUGAUUUUUCGAUCUUGGCCUUAAUUGCAUUUGUUCUGAUGGCUUGCUCCUGGGCUGUAAGGCAGGCCUUUUGUCUCCUUCUUCAGGGUCCCAUUUGUGAGCCAGAGCCAGGUCUUCUCCUUAUCAGCUUUUCCUUCAAUUUUGUCAAGGAACUUUCCAUGCAAAGUUUUGUUGUGCCAGCUGUCAGCUCUAGUUUGUAGUGUGGUUUUCUUGUACCAAUUUUUUGUCUGCUGUGCUUUGAGGAGUUUCUGAUUUUUGACUUCAAUCAAAGCAGGUUCUUCACUUUGCUUUACAUAUUCUGCCAGGGCAUGUUCUUCUUCUUUGACUGCUUGUUUUACUUGUAAGAGUCCUCUGCCACCUGAUCUUCUAGGCAGAUAUAGCUGGUCAACAUCACUGCGAGGGUGCAGUGAAUGAUGAAUGGUCAUGAGUUUUCUUGUUUUUCUGUCCAAAUUGUCCAGUUCUGCCUGUGUCCAAUUUAUAAUGCCAGCAGUAUAUCUUAUGACAGGUAUGGCCCAGGUGUUUAUGGCCUUGAUGGUGUUGCCUCCAUUGAGCUUGCUUUUGAGAAUUUUUCUGACCCUUUGUGUGUAUUCUUUGCUGACCACAGUUUUCACAUGUUGUUGUUGUUGUUGUUGUUGUUGUUGUUGUUGUUGUUGUUGUUAUUAUUAUUAUUAUUCACAGCAUCAGUAUCCAAGCUGGUUCUGAAUGAAUAUGUAAAGAAGCUUGUUUCUCCUUCUUAGACAGAGAAGCAUAUUAUUUGAGUAUUCCCAUCUGGCAAAAUGUAUAUCUGGAACCAGAUAAUAAUGGCAUUCUGUGACAUCCUUCUUACCAAAUCUCAAUCCAUCAUAUUCUCCUUCAUCACAUGUUUAAGAGUGCUUUUUUUUGGAUUCACAAUGAUGAAUUUUAUGAUCAGACAUUCAUAUCAAGAGCUGUGAGUAAAGUUAGCAAAAUCUAGUCCAUAAUUAACAGCAUGCGACACAUGAAAGGAAAACCACUUUUUGUAUACAAAGCAAUAUGGAAUUUCUUUGAGGGCAUGAUUGUUCAAUCUUGCAGGCAUAUAAUUUAGAUCAAAGGUAAAUCCUGAGCAAGAAGAUCCCAAACUUUUUGGAUGUAUUGAAGUGAGGUAUUGCCCUCUUCUCCUCAGAAACUAAACAAAACUAACCCAAACUGACACUUAACAAAUAAUGACCAUAUUUCAUUCAAAGGAUCGGAAACAGGCCUGCCGUUAUAAAUGGUCUGUCACUUCAUUUCCAGUUUAACGAACAACAUCCUCCAUGUUAGAUUUGAACUUCACAAACAUAUAUUGCUUUCCGGAGCUGGGGGUUAUUCCACAAAGAAGCUUGAAAAGAUUUCUGCCAGCGUUUGAAGUCUUGUGACAGGGGCUCCUUUUGUUGGGCUAUUUUGUAUAUUUUUACAUGCUCUCAUUUUCAGUAAUCUCUUCCUCCCUCCCUUCCCAACUGGAUGUGUGUGUGCUGAAUUACAAACUCAGUGCCAGAGUCAAUACUUUGCCCAUGUGCUAAAUGCAUCAUGCAAUUCUGGAUGGAGACAGCAUCAAAUGUUUGACGUGAGUGCCAAAGGGGGGUGAGCAUAGAAGAGCAUUGAAAAGAAAGAAGAUUCAGGGAUGGAGAUGGGCAUGGCAGUUGUAUAAUUCAGUUUUCAUCCAAAAAGGGAAGCUAAAAGGAAUGAUUGAAACAAUGCCUCGAAGUAAGAUAAAAUGAUCUGGUCAUGCACUGGGAACUAUUUACUCUUGAAAGGUGUUGCUUCCAAAGUGAUAUUAACAAUAUACACACAGUUUUUCUUGAGCAACGGCCAUGUCUUUCUCGUUUCCAAGAGCAGAAUACAUAAGUAAGAUCGAGUGUAACUAUGCACAACUUCAUUCAAAGCAUUCCCAAGUAAAUUAAUGAGUUUUCCAAGCUAUGGAAGUAAGUAUCUGGAUAUAAAAAACGUUCCCCAUUUCAAGAUGCCCUAGUACAUAUUCAUUUAAAAUAGUUUAACACUGGGAAUAAUUAAACUGCAAUGGCAUCUGUAGGGGGCUGCAGGAGGUGCAAACUACAGUGGCAACACCAAAAUAACUGUCUAAAAAAUUAUCCAAUGUUUCAUUAGGAAUUUAUUUUUAUUUAAAAUAUUUAUAUUCAUAUAGAACCCACAAAAAACCCACAAUUUUUUUGCAAGGCCAUCUUGUGUGUAUUAAAUCAAUAUCAGACAUGCAGACAAAAUCAUGCAUUUGUUGCUGGUAGCUUAUUAUAGUUACUGAUUUUGUAGAAUUUUCUGGUCAGUGGGGGUGAGACUUGAAUUACCGCACUGUAUAGCAUCAACCCUUUAAUAUCACUGUCACACCACAUACUAUAAUCAUGAAUAAACAUAAACAAUGAUUCCUAUAUUAUUCAUAUUUAAUAACAACAUAUUUUAAUUUUUACUCCCCUCCUUACAGCUUGAGGUGGGAUACAGCACAGUUAAAAUACAUAGGUAAAACAUGACAAUUAAAAUACAUAUAGAGAUGUAAACACAAAAAAAUUGACUGGGUAGGCCUGCUGGAAGAAAUAGGUCUUUAUUUCUGUUUGAAAUUCCAGCAACAUGUUUAGCUGUUAAAGUCCUUCUAGCAGGUCAUUCCCCCAGUCUAAAGAUGGUCUUCUGAGUUGUCAGUUGUGUUCUAGUUCGUUGAAAUUUACAUGCUGCAGAGGGUCUAAAUGUAUGGGGGAGAUUUUUUUUUGAAAUAAGGUAAUCUUGAAGAUAACCUAGGCCCAAACCAUGUAGGGCUUUAAAAGUAAUAACCAACAAUUACAGUACAGUUAGUGCUUUAUAAGCUAAAGCCAGGACUUUGAAUUGUACUUGAACUUGGUAGCAAAUCGGCAAUCAGUGAAGCUGGCAUAACAAAGGAGUGGUGUGCUCCCUGUACGCCACUCCAGUUAGCAACCUGGCUGCUGCCCAUGGGACUAGUUGGAGCUUCUGAACAUCUUCAAAGGCAGCCCUACGUAGAGUGCAUUGCAGUAAUCUAUUCGGGAUGUAACAAGAGCAUGGACCACCGUGGCCAAGUCAGGCUUCCCAAGGUACGGGCGCAGCUGGUGCACAAGUUUUAACUGUGCAAAGGCUCCCCUAGCCACCGCUGAGACUUGGGGCCCCAGGCUCAAUGAUGAAUCUAGGAUCACCCCCAAGCUGUGAACCUGUGCCUUCAGGGGAAGUGAGAGCCCAUCCAGCACAGGCUGCAACCCUAUACCCUGUUCGGUCUUGUGACUGACUAGGAGGACCUCUGUCUUGUCUGGAUUCAGUUUCAAUUUGUUUUCCCUCAUCCAGUCCAACACAGUUGCCAAGCACCGGUUCAGGACUUGGACAGCCUCCUUAGUGACAGGUGAGAAGGACUGACAGCGUUGGACAUCAUCUGCGUACAGAUGACACCAUACUCCGAAACUCCGGAUGAUUUCUCCCAGAGGCUUCAUGUAAAUGUUAAAUAAUAUGGGGGACAGUACUGACCCCUGCGGGACCCCAUAAGACAAUGAUUUCGGGGCCAAGCAGGUGUCCCCCAAUUCCUGGGACUGACCCUCCAGGAAUGAGUGGAGCCACUGCAAAACAGUACCUCCAAGCCCUAUCCCCGCAACGCGUCUCAAAAGGAUACUGUGGUCAAUGGUAUCAAAGGCCACUGAGAGAUCCAGCAAAACCAGCAGGGACACACUCCCCCUGUCCAGUUCCCGGCAUAGAUCAUGUACUAAGGCCUUCCCAGAUUAAUAGGAAAUUUCCAACACCAAGUCCCAUAAGCACUUUAUUAGAACUAAGAUCGUAUAUCGCACUCUGCACUUGCCCUAUAAGCCUUAUAUAUCACCUGUCACAUCAGCACUUUUAAUCUUGUACCCAUUACUCUGGCCCGGCCCAGUUUUAUUGUGUUUUAGCUUAUUGUUUAUUGCUUGUUGUUUAUACUGUUUUAAUUGUUUUUAAUUUGCCUUUUGUUUUGUAUUGUUAUAUUGUGUGUUGAGGCCUUGGCCUUUGUAAGCCGCAUCGAGUCCUUCGGGAGAUGCUAGCGGGGUACAAAUAAAGUUUAAUAAUAAUAAUGAAAAUAAUAAUAAGGCGACCAAGGCUGUCUCAGUACCAUAUCCCGGCGUAAAGCCAGACUGUGCCGGAUCUAGAAAAUCAGUGUCUUCCAAGAAUCUUUGGAGUUGCGAGGCAACCACAUGUUCCAUGACCUUGCCCAAAUACGUGAUAUUGGAAAUUGGUCAGAAGUUGACGACUUGAGUGGUGUUCAGUGAUGGCUUCUUCAACAGUGGUUUGAUCACAGCCAUUUUGAGGCUUGCUGGAAAUUUGCUUUCCCAAAGGGAGGCAUUCACCACCACCUUCACUCACUCUGCCAAACCCCCUCUGGCUUUUGUGCUAGUCAAGCUGGGAGGUUUAUGUAAUUGAAACUUAUUUUAUUCUUUGGAAUUUUAAAUACAUUCAUUUUUUAAAAUGAAAUAUAAAUAUAAAAGUUGAAUGAAAACAUAUUAAUAAAAAUAAAAGGAUUUGUUCUGUAAAAUUUGGAUUCAGUCAAACGGCUGCACUUAAGGACCUAUAAGGCCACAUGUGGUCUUAAGGCCACUGGUCCCCAACCCCCUGCCCUAGACUAUCAACCAAAUGUGGCUACCUCAUUUAUAGAGAUGCCAUGAGUCUACAGAGAUACCUUGACAGUCAUCCUGUUAACAAAACUUUUCACAGAUAAACAUGUGAAACUGGAACUGAACCAAACUUUAAGCAUAUGAAUGAGUCUCUUAUGCCUAUUAUUAUAACCCAUAAAAUGGAUAUAUUUUUCCAAGGUAGAGCAAGCAAGCACUACUCACAAAAGGACCAUUUGCAUGGGGAUGGUGGCAAAAUGUGUAGAUCAGCUAGGCUAGAAUUAGAAAAGAGAACUUGCCUAAAUCCCAUGAUAAGCAACACAGUAUGAAUUAUGAACAUUCCCAAUUCACGAGUGAUCCGCUGAAUCUGCAAAUAACUUAAAAUAAUGAAUACAUUGGAGAAGUCCACGAUCUGGUCUCAAUCAGUUCUCAAGCACCAAAAAAGGUGACACUUGCCAGAUAAGGAUUAUGUUACUAAUUAUUCACCUAGCUGUGUUUUACACUUGCGGGGCUUUUUUUUACAGAUAAUGUUUCAAAAUGAUUUGCAAGGAAUUCAUUACAAAUAUCUCAUGGGUCACUGAGUUCCCCGAAAGCUGGGUCAGAUGUUCAAAGGAGAACUGUAGAAACACUGAGGUGAAAUAUUUAAUAUUUAUAAAGCACUUCACAACUGCAUGAAGAAAACGAAUGUGAUAUAACUUCCCAAAUUGGCUGUUUGGAGCUUGACCUCUGCUGAUGAAGUGCAAUCGGGAUGCAACAGCUUCCCUACUUUGGCCAGCAGUGAAAAGACAAUGUCCCAAAUCCCAUAUUUGGUUUCACAGAUUAAAAUCAAGCAACUUCAGACUUGGCAAGAGUUAUUAAUGAGGAAGAAUGCAGAAGAGAGGAGACUGCAGUUUGCUUUUGCCUGAAUGUUUACAAAGGGUAGGCUGAGUUCAUCCAAUGCAAACAACAUUUGCAUUUUGAACUCAGUUUGCAACAAAUGAAGUAAACUGAGUAGGAAGAGGGAAAGUGGGAAAUGAAAAGAGAGAAACUUGAACAUUUUAAGAUCAUCUGGAAAAAGUGAUAUAACAGAAGAUUAAUUGUUCCUGCCAAAUGAGGACAGUUGGACAGUAUGAAACCCAUAUGCAGUAAUCAGAGCCAUGUGACUGAAAGAACCAUGGCAGCAGGUCUCGAGUGUUUCUGACAGGAGUCUUACUUAGAGACAAACCCAGUAUCUUCUGUUGCAAUGGAUGUGUUCUCCUGCUGGGCUACUGCCCACCUGAACGAAGGCUCUGUGUCAUACCACCCAUAUAUCUUAUAUUAAUAGUCUAAAACAUCGCUCAAAUAAAUCUGUAGAGAUCAAUUUCUGGGGAGCUUAAUUUUUUAACAUUGUACUUCUUCCCAAACACAUAGGCCUAGUUUGGUUCCAGACAGGGAAGAAGUCAGCGUCGAUCCUGGUUUAAAAAACCCGGGGCAGGGCGGCCUUCUGUUCCCACAUCAGCCCGAAAGCCUACACUUCCGGUGCGGUGUGUAUAGAUGCGCUCCUGGAACUUUCUGGGAGAAUAUCCAGGCACUCUAAUUCCCUCCCCAAAACCUCUUGAACCCCCUUUAAAACAGAAAAUAACUUACCCAACUGCCAUUAACCUGGUGCCAGAGUCCUCCCGGCACAUAGAAAUGACGCGCCAGGAGAAGUGAAGGGGGUGAGGAGGAAAAUCACUCCUUGCCCCCCCUCCCUUCCUGGCACAUCAUUUCUACAUGCUCUGGCAUCAGGGUAAUGGAAGCCAAGUAAGUUAUUUUAUUUUUAAAGGGGUUUUGGGGAGUAGGUUACAGCUCUCUGGGGUUUCUGGUCUGAUUCAUCCUGGAAAACCCAGAGGGCUGUGCAGACUGCCCCCUCAGUAGUCCCAGGACUAUUGAGAGGGCAGUCCACACAGGGCCCAUACUGGAGUAGACGCGGGUCUUUCAGGAAGACUUGAGUUUAAUUCAGUACCUAAUUAAUUUGGGACAAAGUAGGAUUUUUCUGCUUUGUCCUGAAUUAAUUUGCUUUUACCAGAAGCAUCGUUUGAAUGCCUCUCGUAAAAGCACAUAAGCUCACACAUUUUCGGUCCUGUCUGAAUUGGCCCCUACUUGUGAACUUUGCUAUCUUAUUAUUACACACAAAGACAUCCUAGGGAAUCCAUCUCUGAUUUUGGGCAUCAUAAGAACUUUGUGUUGCAUGAUUUACUUGGUUGCUCUUUGAGUUUUACUAACAUAAGAACCUUAUCACAUUAGCCUAUGGAUUCAGCACGCAUUGUGGUGAAUCCAUGGGGGCCCAGCGGGGGGGUGGGGGGGGGGGUGGAAGCCAUCCCCCCACAUCUCACAUCACCCGGCUUACCCUUGGCCCCAUCCCACGAGGGGAAGUGUCUGCCACCCGGCUUCUCCCCAUUGUUGCAAAUGCAACACAGGAAGCUUAAAACUGAUUGCCAUGGCAAAUGAUAGACUGCCAAAACUGUGCCUGUUAGAGCAGAUAGAAAAUCAACAUCAGUCCUCUUGGCUAGUUCAUCUGACAAAAUACAUUAGGAGUUGUGGACUUCCGAUUGGGUAUCCAAAUCUCGUAGAGGAACUAGACCCAAAAAUAGUUGCUCAACGAGUACUGGAUAUAGAAGGCCAAAAAGUCAUUGCUACCCUGAGUAAAGCUGGCUCAUUGAAAUGGUUAAGCCGUUUUAAACAUACUUUCCAAACAGCCAGGUAUCUAAAGACAGAAUCGCCUCAGGAGGGUAUUUACCAGAGCUCGUUUUGAGCAGCUGGAUACGAUGGUCAAACAUGGAAGGUUUAAUCAAGUUCCAUACAACGAACAAUUUUGUAUUUGUGGAGCAUCAGAGGUGGAGGAUAUCGCACAUGUACUGUUCGGCUGUGAAUUGUAUAAGAAAGAGAGAGACCAAUGCUGAGAAAUGCAUAUUUGGAAUCAAUUGGGGUAAACUGUGGAGGUGAUGCAGAUAUUUGACCUGAAUGGGAUCUUGUUAACAGCUUGUUUAUUUUAACUUCUUUUGUAUCGCGGGUUGUAUGUUGUAUGUAUGUAUGUGUUAAAUGUUUUGAUACGGCCGAUGGGCUAAUCAAUAAACCUUGAUUUGAUUUGA